AUGAAAUCAUGGAGUCACUCGGGUCAUAGCCCGACCAGAUCUAAUAGUAAAGCCUAUUCAAGUAGUACCACUGAUAAUAAUAAUCUAGGUUAUGCAAGUGACACAAGCAGUAAUGAUGGUACUGCAAAUCAAUUAACAAGAAAGAACUCUAGUCGUAGUGGUAGUAACUCCUUUACUAAUGUUAAUGAUAUCUAUAGAAUGACAAAACCUAUAAUGCCAACAAAUCACCAUCAUAGCAAUAAUCAUAGUAGUAGUAGUAGUAUUUUAUUAAACAAUAAUAACACCAAUACUGGUAAUAUCAAUAGCUCUACCAUUAAAAAGUCGCAUCAUAAAUUUAGCGAUUCCAAUGAGGAUUGGAGUGCAGUUGUUGAUGACUAUAAUAUGCCACCUUCAAUGGAUUUUUUUACAGACUAUUUAUCGAAAAAUUCUAAUACUAAUAUGAUGUUAGGGCCUUCUCCCGUCUUAUCAAAAAAAAACAGUGGACAUAAUAAUAAUAAUAAUAAUUACACCAGUGGCAGCAGUAGCAGUAGUAAUAAUAGUAACAAUAAAAAUUCUGGUACAAUUACAUAUCCAAAAUUGACUGAGCAUAACUACCACCUAGAACUAGAAAAUGAAAGGGAGCUGCAAGAACUAAAUUCUAAAUUAACAAGAAUUAAUAAAUUUGACCAAAUUUUAUCGUCCUCCUCUAUCAUAAACUUAGCUGAAUUGAAAAAAUUGAGUUGGAACGGAAUUCCAAUGGGUCACAGACCUUUAGUUUGGAAACUAUUAAUUGGUUACCUACCAGCCAAUAAAAAAAGACAUGAGAUUUUAAUACAGCGAAAACGUAAGGAAUAUAAAACAGGAAUAUAUCAUAUAUUUUCACCCCAGCAUACAAGAGAUCAACCCACAUGGCAUCAAAUAGAAAUUGAUAUACCAAGAACCAAUCCGCAUAUAAAAUUGUAUCAGUUUCCAAGUGUUCAAAAAAGUUUACAAAAAAUUUUAUAUUUCUGGGCGAUAAGACAUCCAGCAAGUGGGUAUGUUCAAGGUAUUAAUGAUUUGGUUACUCCGUUUUUCCAAAUUUUCCUAACUUCCUAUUUGCCAGAACACCAAAAGGCCAAAGUCUGCGAUAUCGAUCCCGAAACAUAUUUGACCGAAGAAAAUUUUGCUGAAGUUGAAGCAGAUUCAUUUUGGUGCUUGUCUAAGUUCUUAGACACCAUUAUUGAUAAUUACAUUCAUGGACAACCAGGUAUUAUGAAACAAGUCAGUAAUUUGGAAUCUUUGUGCAAGAGGAUAGAUGGCCAACUAUAUAAACAUUUGAAAAAGGAAAACGUAGAAUUUGUGCAAUUUGCCUUUAGGUGGAUGAAUUGUUUAUUAAUGAGGGAAGUUCCCAUAGAUAUUGUUAUCAGAAUGUGGGACACUUAUUUGUCAGAAACUUCAUCUGAUGAUAACGAUGGUGGUGUAGAUAGUGCUGGUGCACGCAAGGGAAGCGGGUCUUCAAAUAUGAAAAUGAUGAUGAAUAACAAUAAUACAUUAAGCGACGGCACUGUUACUCCCAAUGGUGUCGCUCAGAAUGCCAAUGAUCUUAUUAAUAUUCCAACACAUGCAAAUGAAAGUGUUAACAAUAAUAAUAAUACUAAUAAUAACAGUGGUAGUAAUAAAAGAAAGACAUCAUUAAGUGAAUUUCACGUAUUUGUUUGUGCUGCAUUUUUGGAAACGUGGAGUAAUUCACUAUUAGAUAUGGAUUUUCAAGGUAUAAUAACAUUUUUACAAAACGUACCCACUGCUAACUGGGGGGAAAAAGAUAUUGAAAUAUUAUUAAGUGAAGCAUACAUGUGGCAGACCUUAUAUAAAGAUGCCACUUCACAUUGGUUAUAG